AUAAACUCCCCCAAAAAUCCUUGAUCCGAUCAAAUCCCACCCGCACCGCUACUAUCCCCUUUCAAAUGGAGUCGCGCCAACCAAAUUCCACCGACGAAAUCGACCUCGAUCAUGCCACCUCCGCUCGCCGGAUCCAGCGCCUCUCCUCGCACCUCAAUCCGCCGCUGCUCGACGGAGCGGGCGCGGAGACGGCCGUGUCGCUGAUGGCGUGUGCAGCGAGAGCUAAAUUGGAAGUGGAUACGGAGCAGCUGUCCAAGUACAUGAGGGGGAGGUACAGAGACGUGCAGCAGGGGGUGUACGAUUACUUCAAUUCGCGCCACGAGCUGCAGACGCCGAUUGAGAUUUCCAAGGACGAGCAUCGCGAGCUCUGCAUGAGGCAGCUGAUGGGGCUGGUGAGGGAGGCCGGGAUCAGGCCGUUUAGGUAUGUCGUCGACGAUCCGGCUAAGUACUUUGCGAUUCUUGAGGCUGUGGGGAGCGUCGAUAUGUCGUUGGGGAUUAAGAUGGGAGUGCAAUUCAGCCUUUGGGGAGGGUCGGUGCUCAACUUGGGAACCAAAAAGCACAGAGAUAAGUACUUUGAAGGCAUAGACAAUGUAGAGUAUCCAGGUUGCUUUGCAAUGACAGAACUUCAUCAUGGUUCAAAUGUUCAAGGUAUACAGACUGUUGCUACUUUUGAUCCUAUGAAGGAUGAAUUUGUCGUUGACACACCAAAUGAUGGGGCCAUUAAAUGGUGGAUUGGCAAUGCUGCAGUUCAUGGAAAAUUUGCUACAGUUUUUGCGAAGCUGAUGUUGCCCACUCAUGAUACAAAAGGUGUUUCUGAUAUGGGCGUUCAUGCGUUUAUUGUUCCAAUUAGGGAUAUGAAGACCAACAAGCCUCUACCUGGGGUUCAAAUACAUGAUUGUGGCCAUAAAGUUGGACUAAACGGAGUAGAUAAUGGAGCAUUGAGGUUCCGAUCAGUAAGAAUCCCACGAGAUAAUCUGCUUAAUCGAUUUGGAGAUGUUGCACGAGAUGGAAAGUACACAAGCCCCUUACCUUCUAUUAACAAAAGAUUUGCAGCCACACUAGGUGAGCUUGUCGGAGGAAGGGUGGGUCUUGCCUAUUCUUCUGUUGGUGUCCUGAAGAUUGCUGUCAUAAUAGCUGUCAGAUAUUCUCUUUUGCGGCAGCAAUUUGGUCCUCCAAAGCAACCUGAGAUCAGUAUACUAGAUUACCAGUCUCAGCAGCAUAAGCUGAUGCCGAUGUUGGCUUCAACUUACGCAUUCCAUUUCGCAACAUCGCAUUUGGUGGACACAUAUGGUGAGAUGAAGAAGACCCAUGAUGAAGAGUUGGUGGGAGACGUUCAUGUUCUUUCAGCUGGGCUCAAGGCUUAUGUGACGUCUUACACUGCCAAAUCAUUGAGCACCUGCAGAGAAGCUUGUGGUGGCCAUGGAUAUGCGGCAGUGAACAGAUUUGGCAGCUUGAGGAACGAUCAUGACAUAUUUCAGACAUUUGAAGGGGACAACACUGUCCUCCUGCAGCAGGUUGCAGGCUACCUCUUGAAGCAGUAUAAGGAGAAGUUUCAAGGCGGGACACUUUCUGUCACAUGGAACUACCUGAGGGAAUCCAUGAACUUCUAUCUCUCACAACCCAACCCAGUUACAGCUAGAUGGGAAGGUCAAGACCAUCUUAGAGAUCCCAAGUUUCAGUUAGACGCCUUCAGGUACCGUACUUCCCGGUUACUUCAAAGCGUAGCUGUUCGUCUCCAGAAGCACUCGAAAACACUUGGGAGCUUUGGUGCUUGGAAUAGAUGCUUAAAUCACCUUUUGACACUUGCAGAGUCUCAUAUUGAAACCGUCAUCCUUGCGAAAUUCAUCGAUGCUGUGCGGAGCUGCCCUGACGAAAAAUCUCGGGCUGCUCUGAAACUUGUGUGUGAUUUAUAUGCUAUGGAUCGGAUAUGGAAUGAUAUCGGGACCUACCGCAAUGUGGACUACGUUGCCCCUAACAAAGCUAAGGCUAUACAUAAAUUGACAGAAUACUUGUGCUUCCAAGUGAAGAAUGUAGCAAAGGAAAUGGUGGAUGCGUUUGAUCUGCCAGAUUAUGUGACAAGGGCUCCUAUAGGUAUGCAGGCUGCUGAAGAUGCUUACACAGUCUACACACAAUAUGCCGGUUUCUAAAACCCUCCAUUCUCUCUCUCUCUCUCUCUCUCUCUCUCUCUCUCUCUCUCUCUCUCUCUCUCUCUCUCUCUCUCUCUCUCUCUCUCUCUCACACACACACACACACACACACACACACCUAUUAUUAAUCAAAAAAGAUGACCAUUCUUCGCCAGAUAUGGAAACAAAAUUAAGUCUUUAUACAUAAACAAAGUUGAAAAUGAAUCUUUUUACGGUUUGGGAAAUGGGAUGUGAUGAAUGUUUGAAAGAACAAUAUGUUUAUAACAUCUUAUCCAAAUUUCACUUAAAACAAUUGAUUCUCUUAUUGUUA